UCGCGGUGGCGGCGGGGGCCAAGGCCCGGCGGGGCCGGCGCUAGCGACGAUGCCGUUUGCGGGGCCCCCGCCGGCGCCCAGGCACCUGGGCAUCUCCUGCCCCAUCAGCGAGGCGGCCCCCCGGGACACGGACCGCGCGCUCACCCAGAAGCUCAUCGAAACCCUGACGCCCUUCGGCGUGUUCGAGGAGGAAGAGGAACUGCAGCGCAGGAUUUUAAUUUUGGAGAAAUUAAAUAGCCUGGUCAAGGAAUGGAUCCGAGAAAUCAGCGAAAGCAAGAGCCUGCCGCAGGCUGUUGUGGAAAAUGUGGGCGGGAAGAUCUUCACCUUCGGCUCGUACCGGCUGGGGGUCCACACCAAGGGCGCCGACAUCGAUGCCUUGUGCGUGGCGCCCCGGCACGUGGACCGCAGCGACUUCUUCACCUCCUUCUAUGACAAGUUGAAGCUCCACCAAGACGUGAGGGAUCUCCGGGCUGUGGAGGAGGCCUUCGUGCCCGUGAUCAAACUAUGCUUUGAUGGGAUCGAGAUUGAUAUUCUGUUCGCCAGACUCGCCCUGCAGACCAUCCCCGAAGACCUGGACCUGAGGGACGACAGCCUGCUCAAGAACCUAGACAUCAGGUGCAUACGGAGCCUCAACGGCUGCCGGGUGACCGAUGAGAUCCUGCACCUCGUUCCCAACAUCGACAACUUCCGGCUCACUCUGAGAGCCAUCAAACUGUGGGCCAAGUGCCACAACAUCUAUUCCAACAUCCUGGGCUUCCUGGGAGGGGUCUCCUGGGCCAUGCUGGUAGCCAGAACCUGCCAGCUCUACCCAAAUGCUGUGGCCUCCACGCUGGUCCGCAAGUUUUUCCUGGUGUUCUCCGAGUGGGAAUGGCCGAACCCAGUGCUGCUGAAAGAGCCUGAAGAACGGAACCUCAACCUGCCUGUGUGGGACCCCCGGGUCAACCCCAGCGACAGGUACCACCUCAUGCCUAUCAUCACGCCCGCCUACCCACAGCAGAACUCCACCUACAACGUGUCUGUCUCCACGCGGAUGGUCAUGAUCGAGGAGUUUAAGCAAGGACUCGCCAUCACCCACGAGAUUUUGCUGAGCAAGGCGGAGUGGUCCAAGCUCUUCGAAGCACCAAGCUUCUUUCAGAAGUACAAGCAUUAUAUUGUCCUUCUAGCCAGCGCCCCAACCGAGAAACAGCACCUAGAGUGGGUGGGCUUGGUGGAGUCAAAAAUCCGAAUCCUGGUGGGAAGCUUGGAGAAAAACGAGUUCAUUACACUGGCACACGUGAACCCGCAGUCCUUUCCGGCACCAAAAGAAAGUCCCGACAAGGACGAGUUUCGCACCAUGUGGGUGAUUGGGUUGGUGUUAAAGAAACCAGAGAACUCAGAGGUGUUGAGUAUUGAUCUUACCUAUGAUAUCCAGUCUUUCACAGACACAGUCUACAGGCAGGCCAUCAACAGCAAGAUGUUUGAGAUGGACAUGAAAAUCGCCGCACUGCAUUUAAGAAGAAAGGAACUCCAUCAGCUGCUGCCAGAUCAUGUGCUUCAGCGGAAGAACACACUCGCGGGGGCUGUCCACUUGACCACCCUGGCCGACAGUGGCCUCAGCUUGUCUGUGGCCAGUGAAGACAGCUUGCCGAUGGCCCCGCCUGCCUGUGCUGUGAAGACCGGCCCCGGGCCCGCCAGCUCACAGGGCAGAAAUAGCCCUGCUGCCGCUGGGAGCCAGGGCCAGGCGACCGAAGUUUCCUUGCAACCAGCGAGCCCUGGCGAAAGCUUGGGGGCCGCAUCAGGUGAAAACAAGCCUCACCCGGCCUCCCAGCUGGCCACUUGUCCGCCACCAAAACCCACAGUCACCAGAGUUGUUCCUUCAACAUGCUUGGUAAACCAUCCACCCAGGCCUUCAGGGAGCGCGGCCGCAAACAUCGCUAACCCAAUAGUAGGCGUGUAGCGGACAUCCUCCAAAGACGUGCAACGGAAGAGGCAGUCUCAGAGACAGCGCCGGCUCAGUCCACUUGGCAACUCUUAAGGCCACCACUGCUCUUGGGGCCUCCCAGAGACAUCUCCACUGCAGAGCCUUCAGUGCCCCCUGCUCUCCCUGCAAAUCCUAUUCCUGUUAUCAAGAAUUCAAUAAAAGCAGAUUGAACUGAUCAGACCAACUCAGGUUCCUAAACGCUGUCUGCCAGCUCAGCCUGUUCCCUUCAGAUGCGAAAGGAGGAGACGGAGGGCUUCCAGCUAGCUCGGACUGCAAGAGAUUUAGGCUUGUCGCGAAUUUCCUUUACCGGGCUGGUCUUGAGCACAAGUCUAAGUUAGUCUGUGGAGCUAGAAGGAUAGUAUGGAUGUGUCAGAUUAUUCCUGUGGUAGCCACAGUUUUAUUAACUAUUUCAAAGGACUACUGCCCAUAAAGAGAAAAGAGAGAAAAUCCC